AUGGCGUCACUACUACCUCUUCUUUACGACCUGUUUCCUAUAAUCAUGCCGUCCGAAGUCCGAAUUUCCCGUGACAAGGACCUGCUACCCAUUGCUGAGCGUGCUGGUGCGCCUCCAUAUCACCAGACGACGUGGCACAACAAGGCUCAGGGAGACAUGGGGAAAGAGGACGACCAGCACGAGCCCGACCAGGGGAGGUCCCGUGAGCCCAUUCGACUGCUUGACCGCGAAGAGAUGCCGGCUGUCCAGCCCAAACCACCAACGGUCUACCGCAGAGACGCAAUGGUGGGCGUCACUGACAAGAUGUGCGCAACAGUCCUGACAGUCCAGCCGAGAUCUGCUUCGGCGGUGCACCAUCAUGGCGAGCAAGACACCAUAGUCUACGCCACCAAAGGUGACGGGGUACUUCUCACCAGUCCGGCUGUGGAUCCUGUCCGGGCCAUUAGAGCCGAUAUCAAGGGCGAGGCACCCACUCGUGACGAGGAGCAGCCCCGGCGUCACCACCUUUGCCCCGGAGAUUUUGCAUUUAUACCUGCGUGGACAGAGCACCAAGUUGUCAAUGAGGCUGAUGAGGGCGAUGCUGUCUGGGUGUUAAUCCACAGUGGGGGUGAACGAGUGCAGGUCGACCUGGCCGGCUGGGGUGGUGGCAUCUGUCAUGGUUCUGGUCCGGGGUGA